CCUCGGAGGAAACUUUCCGCCGGCUGGUCCCUCGGCCCGUGUCCCGCCCGCGCUGCCGCGGCCUGGGAGCCCAGCGAGGCCGGAGGGGCGGAGGGGCCGGAGUGGGCGGGGGCGGGGGCCAGUGUAUGCGGCCACGGGACGCGCAGGGGCUGGGCAGCCGGGAAGCGGGGUGCUGAAGGGUGGCAGGGGAGCUGUCCCCCAGAACAGCAUGGAUGCCCCACGAAGGGACAUGGAGUUGCUCAGCAACAGCCUGGCUGCCUACGCACACAUCCGCGCCAACCCCGAGAGCUUCGGCCUCUACUUCGUGCUGGGCGUCUGCUUCGGCCUGCUGCUCACCCUCUGCCUGCUCGUCAUCAGCAUCUCGUGGGCGCCGCGCCCGCGGCCCCGGGGCCCAGCUCAGCGCCGGGACCCCCGCGGCAGCACCCUGGAGCCCGAGGACGACGACGAAGACGAGGAGGACACGGUGACGCGGCUGGGUCCGGAAGACACGCUGCCGGGCCCCGAGCUGUCCGCGGAGCCCGACGGGCCCCUCAGCGUCAACGUCUUCACGUCGGCGGAGGAGCUGGAGCGGGCGCAGCGGCUGGAGGAGCGCGAGCGGAUCCUGCGGGAGAUCUGGCGCACCGGGCAGCCGGACCUGCUGGGCACAGGCACGCUGGGGCCCAGCCCCACGGCCACAGGCGCGGGCUCCCUGAGCCGCAUGCACUAUUACUGAUGGGCCCCGGCUCCAGCUGCAAGGCGCUGGGGGUGCCGGACUGCACAGGAGCACAGAGCUGCCCCAGACCUUCGGACUGCCUUGGCCCCCACGGCUCUCCGGUGCUACUGGGCGUGGAUCGCCACCCCGAGAGGCUCCCUGCCCCAGUCCUGCCAAAAGACCCCGGGGGCGGGGGAGGAGGCAGGAUGCAGGGUCCCCACUCCCUCUCUGGGGUACGAUCAAGAGAUAAAGUGACCAAAUGAAAGAAAGCUGCAUUCUCAGUGA